GCAGCAGGAGUCCAAAAAUCCUAAGAACCCGAGCAAGAUGUCACCCCCGUUGCCAGCGACUACUUUUCCUUGUGGAAUAGAAGCAGAUACAGACGAUGAUUGUAGUUACGAGUUUUCGGACAACUUUGUUGAUAUACCACAGACACAACAAGAUCGUAUUACGCCAUCCAAAGAGCACAUUGACAGAUUAGAGGCCAAGCUAAAACGAGUAGCUGGAAAGCAAGAGGAACCCACGGCAAGAUCUAUGCUAAAAAUAUUAAGUGAAGCGAAGGAUGAUCUCAUGAGAGGAAUUGUUAGUGGCAAUGACAUCUCAUACGUGUUCGUUUCUAAUCCUGACAAGGAAACGGCCGUUUCUUACCUCGAGCGUAAAUUAUAUCCUGAGAAAACUGCUCUAUCGAGUGAAGAGUUGAUCAGUUUGGUCAUUGACGAUGAGUUGGCUAAGCACAUUCAACAACACGAAGAGGUCAAGAAUCAUGAUGAUGCCAAGUCUGGAGGUAUCUCCGCACAUGAACAAACUUCUCCAAAGAUGGCUAAUCACGACCAAAGCAAUGCCUUCAGAGAAGCGUGAUGUGCUCAUGCUGUAAUUUCUGAUAUCUUUGUAGUUGUGUGCGAGCCAGAAUGGGUGACCAGUCACGGACAAUUGGACGACAAGAGAAGAAAAAUGUAGGAUGGCAAGAAGAUGCUGAAGUUAACAACUACACUUUGGU